CUCUCGUUCCCUCAGCAGGCCACACGUCACACGCUCCCUCUCUGGUAGCAGCCAUGGCCCCCUCCUACUCGAAGUACGAUGUCCGCCGCCGCCUCCCAAACCCUAGCGCCGCCGCCCUCCUCGUCAUCGACAUGCAGAACUACUUCUCCUCCAUCGCAUCCCCAAUCCUGCCUUCCCUCAACUCCACCGUCUCCAUCUCCCGCUCGGCCUCCAUCCCCGUCAUCUUCACCCGCCACCGCCACCUCUCCCCCUCCGACAACCCCACUCUCUCCGAGUGGUGGUCGGGCGAUCUAAUCUUCGACGGCACCCCCGAGUCCGAGCUCCUCCCUGAUCUCAACCGAAGCCCUAGUGAUCGAAUCGUCGAGAAGAACACGUACAGUGCGUUUAGGGGGACGGGAUUGGAGGAGACGCUGAGGGGGAUGGGGGUGGAGGAGGUGAUUGUGACGGGGGUUAUGACGAAUUUGUGUUGCGAGACGACGGCCAGGGACGCGUUUGUUAGGGGGUUCAGGGUCUUCUUCUCGACGGAUGCGACGGCGACGGGGAGUGUGCAGCUUCAUGAGGCGGCGAUUAUGAAUUUGGCGUAUGGGUUUGCGUAUUUGGUUGAUUGUGAGAGGUUGCAGAAGGGGAUUGGAUUGAAGGGCAGAGGUUGAGGGCCAUUGGCAUUUCUUGGAAAAAUUUGACAUGUUAAAAAACUUGAAAAGGUGCUUGUAAUUCUAAGUUGGCUGAGAAUCUUAGACUUGCUUCUGGUCUAAUUUAUGUAAGCUAUGUGCUCCCCACGAGUCUCUUCAUUUCAGCCAAGUCCAAAAGAAUGGCUUAAAUAUUGUUGUUUUCUUGUAUUGAAAUCCUUAUGUGCACAGCACAUUACAUUCUGAGUAACAGAACCAUGUGAAUUUCCUACUCAUGUAGAUAUGUAGUCCAGAGUGGUUCCAUUUUGUGGAAGUGAGUUAUUUUUGUGGAA